ACCACCAGCACCACCAUGGCUCUAACUACGCACACCAAGGACGCUGUCCACUUGACGAGAUAUAUACACGCUGGGACAGUACUCGAUCGGGAGUGAUUCGAUCAGAGGGAGGGGAGAGAGGCAAGCAACACUAGCAUCCUCUGACCUGCCAAACUGUCCCCCGCGGCUCACAUUUCUUGGCCAUUUCUUACCUUCCAAGCACCACCAAUCUUGUCCGAGGCGAGCAAGCUUAGCCGGUGCUUCUCAGAGCUAAGCCAAAUCGCGUGCCAAAUCCAAGAAAGGCACGGGAGGAAGAGGAAGAAGAAGGAGGGGAAGAAGAGCAGUCAGGGCAGGGGGAUCAGUGGCAGGCUGACACGCCAAUGGGGGCAGCUUCUUGUUCUUCUUCUUCGGCGAAGCAUCUGUUCCUGCUCUGCCUCCUCCUCGGCUUCUGCUUCGCGUUCGCGGCGAGCCAGCAGGAGCAGCAGCAGUCGGACUCGUGCAGUAGCGCCGGCGUCGCGGUCGCUCAUCUCGUCCCCUUCAACUCCUCCGCCUUCCGCUGCCUGACCGUCUGGAAGCAGGAGGACUUCGUCCUGCGGUACAAGAACACCGGAGAGAGCCAAUGGAGCUUCAUCCUCUCGGCGCCGGACAAGGGCUCGUACGUGGCGGUGGGGUUCUCCGGCAAGGGGCUGAUGGUCGGUAGCAGCGCCGUCGUCGCGUGGUCGUCGGGCGGGAAGGGCACGGUGAAGCAGUACUACCUCACCGGCAAGAGCCCCGACGAGUGCUACCCGGACAAGGGCCGCCUCACGCUGGUCAAGAACAAGGCCGUCGCCGUGUCGCGCUCCGGCCGGCUCUACCUCGCCUUCCAGCUCAGCACCGACCUCCCGCAGCCGCACCUGAUCUACGCCGUCGGCCCCGAGGGCAACCUGCCGCCCUCCGACGCCACCCUCCCGAUGCACCGGAGCAUGCACUCCCACGCCUUCAACUACACCUCCGGGAUGGCGUCGAGCUCCGGUGGCUCGGGCGGCGGGGGGUUCCCGCCGGAGAGGAAGCACGGGCUGCUGGCGAUGAUGGCGUGGGGCGUGCUGAUGCCGCUCGGCAUGAUGGCGGCGCGCUACUUCCGGCGGGUGGACCCGUACUGGUUCUACGCCCACAUGGCCAUCCAGGCCGUCGCGUUCACCGUCGGCAUCGCGUCGGUCGUCCUCGGCUUCCGCCUCAACGAGGACGGGCUCAAGAACGUCGACGUGCACCGGGCGCUCGGCAUCGCCAUCCUGGCCAUGGCCUCGCUGCAGGUGAUGGCGUUCCUGGCGCGGCCGGACAAGACGUCCAAGGUGAGGCGGUUCUGGAACUGGUACCACCACUACAUCGGGCGGGCGGCGAUCCUGGUGGCCAUCGGCAACAUCUUCCUCGGCCUGCACAUCGCGCAGGAGGUCAGCGCCUACAUCGUCUCCUACGGCGUCUUCGUCGCCGUCUGGGUCAUCGCCGUCGCCGCGUUCGAGAUGAACCGCUGCUACUCCGACGACGACUGACCCGUCCCUCCGUCCGUCCGUCCAUCUCCGAUCCAUUCUCGAUCGAUCACGGCGAUGAUGCGUCGUCCUCAGUCUACAGAGGAACAGGGACUAAUGGGCACACCGCGUUCACGACAAGUGAUGACACGGCAUACAGCAAAACACAGCGAUUAUUAUUCUUUUUUCCUAGCUCUCACACGGUUGUUGGGUUGGACAGCGCAUUUUGAGAGGAGUGUGUUUAAUUGGUUGAUUAUUAUUGAAUUCUUUUGUCUUUUGGGGUAUAGGAGGAUACGAGGCCGGGGCUGGACUGCUGUUUCUUUGCCUAGCUGGACGCUCCGGUCUGGUUCGUGUUUGUACAUUGGUGCAUGGUGUCGUUGGCGUGGUUGUUGUACCGUUGUGGUUGGUAGUUCGUUCACGUUUCCCUUCCCCUGUGUAUUGAUCAAUUAAUGGCAUCAUUUGCUGAUUCAGCUACAAA